UCCCAAACUGAUUCUUCAAAGUAAGGACCAGACCUGGCCCCUCCACAUCAGAGAUCCCAAAGGGAGAAGACAAGCCGAGCUCCAGGAACCACAGUGCGUGGGGAUCCCUGGCUCAGGUCCUGUCUUUCAUCCCAGGCCCUUGCUGAGUCAUUUCAUUGUGUUAAAAAUGUCAUUUUUGAAGGACUUAGGUGUGAAAACGGAGUCUGAAGACCUGGGAAGAGAUGAGCCCCAGUGCUGCUCAGAAGACUUCACCAGAAGCCUUUCGGAGCCAAACAUGAACCUCCCCAAAAUGAGUUCUCCCUAUUCACUGAAUCAACCUCAUACUGGGGAGGUAUCCGACUUGAAUCAGCAGGUGUGGGUCCUUCAGGGUCAGACCAUUGUGACAGUUCCACGGAGUAACAGUGUGAACCCAGUCACUGUCACUGUUGUCCCAUGCAAGUACCCAGAAUCGCUCGAGCAAGGCCGAGGGGUUCCCAUUUACUUGGGAAUAGAGAAUCCAGAAAUGUGUUUGUCUUGUGAGGACAUUGAAGGGCAGCCCACAUUGCAACUGAAGGAGGAGAAGAUCUUGCGUCUGUACAAUGAAGUGGAGCCCGUGGAUCCCUUCCUCUUCUACCGCUUAGAGAUUCACAGUACCUCCACCUUUGAGUCUGUGGCCUUCCCUGGCUGGUUCAUUGCCUCCUCUGACAGAGGCCACCCCAUCUUCCUCACUUCACACCAGGGGCAAAAUAAUGUUAACUUCAAUUUAAGUAUCAAUGCUUGAACUCAGGCUGGAGGGGAUAUCCUGGUCAGAGGUCUUUGUGUUAAAUUUUGUAGUUACCAGCAUGUUUUCCUCUAUACCAGCUCAGUGUCAU